AUGAGUGCCUGGGAAAAUAAUAAAGAAAUCCAAAUUUUCCGUGAAUAUCUGCGUAUUCCAAGUGUCCAGCCGGAUAUUGAUUAUGAACCCUGUAUUGAAUUCCUACGCAAGCAAGCUAAAGAUUUGGGUCUUCCCAUUAAUGUCUAUUAUCCAGGGGGUAAAACUAAACCCGUCGCCGUCAUAACAUGGCAAGGUACACAACCCGAGCUGCCAUCGAUCGUGUUGAAUUCCCAUAUGGAUGUUGUUCCCGUAUUCGAAGAUAAAUGGGUACAUGCACCAUUCGGUGCCGAAAUGGAUGAGGAGGGUAGAAUUUUUGCACGCGGUUCACAAGAUAUGAAAUGUGUUGGUAUGCAACAUUUGGCUGCCAUUCGCGCCCUGAAGAGCAAGGGUGUCCAGCUGAAGCGUACCAUUCAUGUUACCUAUGUGCCGGAUGAAGAAAUCGGUGGCACCUUGGGCAUGGCAGCUUUCGUGAAAACCGAUGAUUUUAAGAAACUCAAUGUUGGCUUCUCUUUGGAUGAGGGUAUUGCCUCGACCGAUGAUGUCUAUAAUGUGUAUUAUGCUGAGAAAUAUAUUUGGCAGGUCCAUUUCAAAAUUACCGGCCAGGCUGGCCACGGUUCGUUGUUGCUGAAAAAUACCGUUGGUGAAAAACUCCAUUAUAUUUUAAAUAAAAUGAUGGCCUUCAGAGAACAUGAGGCAAAACGUUUAGAGUCGGAUCCUAAUUUGUCUAUUGGUGAUGUGACCAUGGUGAAUUUGACCACAAUUAAUGGUGGCGUGCAAAGCAAUGUGGUACCUGCCUCAUUGGAUGUUGGUUUUGAUAUACGCAUUGCCAUUGAUGUUGAUCCCAAGGAAUUUGAAAAUCAGCUCCUCAGAUGGUGUGAAGAAGCUGGUGGCGGCAUUGAAUUGGCAUUCGAUUUGAAACAACCCAAAAUUGAGGCGACUAAAAUCGAUGAUUCGAAUAUCUAUUGGGUUGCCUUUGAAAAGUGUUUGACCAAGGAUAUGGGCUUGAAAAUCCGAAAAUUGAUACUCCCCGGUGGUACUGAUAGCCGUUUUAUUCGCCAAUUGGGUAUACCCGCUCUCGGGUUUUCACCCAUGAUCGAAACACCCCUCUUGUUGCACGAUCACGAUGAAUACUUGAAAGCAGAUACCUAUUUGAGAGGCUGUGAAAUCUAUGUAAAUCUUAUUACAUCUCUGGCCAAUGCUUAA